AUGGCGAAGUACGCAAUCACUCCUUGGCGCCAUCAAAAGGACCUGCUGGAGGUGCGUCGACAGCUAUACGGAGAGUCCGAUCGCAGACAUGCUGUUGAUCGGGUAAUGGCUUGGAAGCUGCGAGGCAAUCUGCCCCAUGCAGUCGAGUCGACAGCGCUCUUGGUGGAUGCAAUUCUGCAUCAUGGUAUAGAAGGGACCUCGAUUUUCAGUGUCAGAGCAGUUUACAGCGCGGCAUUCUCACGAUUUGUGACGGGCUUCUGUGACAUCGGACGCCAUAAAGAACGAUUGUUAGAGCCUAGCAGUAUGCUUGACAUCGCAAAACAAAUUGGUAUGCCGCCAGCAUUUGUUGCUCUGAGACACGAAGCAACACAUGAGGAACACCCGGCCAUUCAGCGACUAGUCAAGGCUACACAAGAAGCAUUGGAUUGGCUCUGGAAUGUGUAUUGGAGUCGUCUUGAAGAACCUGAGUCUGAUGCUGCACUUGCUUCGUCACUGCCUAAAUUAAGAAGUCGGGCCAAAGAGUUCUUCAAGAGCUGGCGAAGUUCACGGCGGGAUGCUGUACGCACUAGAAAUCAGCGCCAGCAAGCGGAAGAUGUACAAUCUGCAUCCAAAGCAUGCAUUCAUCUAAUCAAGGACAAUGGUGAUAGUUCUAUCGCCCCAAGGACUCGGGCUGUGGCGGAUGUGCUUAUUGAAGAUGGACUUUUGCUACCCUCCAAACGAGAGUUGGGAUCAUCAUUGAAUGGAGCAUUCUUGAUUUGGGAAGCCUUGCUCCGAGAUAUCGUCAAACAGCAAAAGUCAUUCCUUAACGCGCUGGUGGAAUGUUCAUUGUCAAGCAUCGACCAGGGCACCUCAAGGCCACAGGACGAUGCGCGAGUUGAAGGCAUAUGUUUGUGGCUGCUACACAUGCUAGACUUUGCUCAGACGGAGGCGCAGCAG